AUGACAUUAUCUAUAAUGAAUAUUGAUACAAAUGCUAAUAUUAGAGGUAAACCUCCAUCAGCCCCAAAAAUACGAAGUUUUGAAGUGCAUGAAACAGAUCAAACUAUGCUGAAUACUAGUCAGAAUGAUAUACAUAACAACAACAAUAAUAAUAAUGAUAAUAACAUUAUGGAUAAUCAAAAUGUCAUCAGUAAACUUUGUUUAGAUGCUUGUGGUUUUUUGUAUCGACUAUGGAAGUGUAGUUUUGAAACACAUCAUCAAGCUGGAUUUCAUCGUGUACACUUACAGACAAUUAUUGCUAUUUCAAAGUUGGUGAGUGAAAUUAGUCCAGGUUUUGAAGCAACUUUAAGUCUGUUGCAAAGUUUAGCACAAACAGAUAUGCAUCGUAGUUCUGAAAUGAUGAGUAUAACAAAAUCGAUAACAACAACAUCAUCAUCAUCAUCAAUGCCCAUUAAGACUACAACAACUGCAACAUCAACAACGCCACCACCAACGACAACGACAACAAUGUAUACAAAAUUUUGGACUGAUUCAAAUAUUCGUUUAUUCUUAGAUGAUAUUGAUGAUUUAAUACGUCGAAUAUUGACUGUACUCACAGCAACAGCUGAAAUGCAUAGACACUGUGAUGAUCCUGAACGCAUAGUUGAUCUACAAUAUGCACUGGCUAAAUCAUACAGUAGUAAUCCAGCUUUAAGACGUACUUGGUUGGAAGAAUUAGCUAAACUACAUAUGGAUUCAAGAAGUUUCACAGAAUUGGCUAUGACUAAACUUCAUAUUGCUGCUUUAAUGGCAGAGUACUUGAAACGUCGAGGCCUUUUAGAGUGUGAAUUUCCUCAAGGAUGUGAUGCAUUUAAAUCAAUUUCAUCAAAUAUUCAUAUAGAAGAAAGUGGGCUGAGAGCAGAUUCUGGUGUACUAGAGAUUUCUUAUACUCAGGAGGAUCUGUUGACUGAUUUAAAUGAAGCUGCUGUAGCUUUAGAAUCAGCCGGUCUAUUCGAAUGUAUACUACCUGUUUAUGCAUUGGUUUUACCCGUCUAUGAGUAUAGAUGUCAAUACACGAAUUUGGCUCAAAUCUAUCAUCAUAUUGGUCGAGUUUAUGAAGCAAUUAGUCGUGUCGAGUCACAUGGACAUCGUUUAUUUGCAUCAUAUUAUCGUGUAACUUUUCAUGGGCAAUUAUUUGAAUCAAUGGCUGGGAAAUCAUUCAUAUAUCGUUCAAAUCCAUGUCAAAAAUUAAAUGAAAAAUGCAAUGAAUUAUUACAGUUGUAUCGUAGAAAAUAUGGAGAGAAUCUAGUGGAAUUAUUAUCGGAUAAUUUUAUUAAUCGAUCUAGUUUAGAUUCGAAUAAAGCUUAUGUACAGGUCACUUAUGUGGAACCGUAUAAGGAAAGAAAAGAUUCUGAUAAGAAACCUUUAACGUCGUAUGAAAAACAUCAUGAUGUACAACAGUUUAUGUUUGAAACACCCUUCUUAAGACAACCAGGUUUAUCUACUGAGGCUUGCCUAUUGGCUCCUGGUCCAAAACGUAGUGAUGAUUUAACUAUCCAAUGGAAACGUCGUACAAUAUUAACUACAGAAGCAACUUUUCCACAUUUACGUCGACGACUUGAAAUAGUUCAAGUGACAGAAACUGAUUUCACUCCAAUCGACUCAGCAAUAGAUGCUAUUCAUUGUAAAAAUCAAGAAUUGAUGAGUCAUGUUAUAGCAUUACGCAAUAAUUCAACAGCUUUCAAUAAUUCAGGUAAUUCAAAUGAUGGAAGUGUCGAUAAACGGAUCUCUGUCAGUUUAAUCGGUUUACAUUCACCAGUAUUGACUGGAAACACGAUUUCAGUGAAUAAUCAAAAUAGUACCAGUCAGAACAAUAAUUCUAAUACAACAAAUAACAACAGCAACAGCACUAGUAAUAAUAAUGCAAGAAACAAGCAGACAAACUCUCGUAUUCCCCUAUUAAUGGAUAUGCAACUACAAGGUGCUCUACUACCUACAGUCAAUGCUGGUCCAAUGGCCUACGCUCAAGCCUUUUUAAAGAUAGAAAAUCAAUCACUUUAUCCUAGCUGUAAAGUUAAUCGAUUAAAGGAGCUAUUUUUCGACUUCUUAUCAACGUGUUUAAUACUCCUGACAUAUUAUUACAAUAUGAUGUCCAGUGUACAUGAGGCUAAAUAUCGUGCUAUGCGAGAAGCAUUGGAUCGUUAUCGUGUCGAUCUAAGUAAUCUGUUAAAAGAGGAAGUAAUUGUUGAUGAAAAAGAAUUACGCAUUGGACCGAAAUCAUCGUCAUCAUCCUCAUCAUCGAGUCAGUGUACUCAAUGA